CUAAACGUUUUUCGUAUUUUGUACAACAGUGAUAUACGUGGGAGUUCUGUAUGGCUUGGGUAGACCUAAACGAAAGUGUCCCUGAUCUGAAUGAAAAUGUUCCUGAAAGCUCACAAUAUAGAUUAAUAACUGAUGGACAAGAAGUUAUCGUUAACCCCCCUAGUGUAGGGAUGUGUUUUACAACGGGCCAUGAGUUUUUCGAAUUUUGUCAGUUGUAUGCCUUCAAAGAAGGAUUUGAGAUGUUUAUCAAAAGUAAUAAGCUGAAAAAAGAGUACAAAGAAAAGGGAGUAUCUAAGUCUGGUGUGGGAAAGUAUGAGGCAAAGCCGCAUAUGAUGGAACUUAUUAGAUUAAAAUGCAAGAAGGGAGGGGUGAAAAAAGGUGUUGGGUCUAAUGUGACCGGUUGUAAGAUGAAUAUUUACGGUGUAAGUAGAGAUGGGCUAUUUACUAUAUUGACUUGUGACUUGCAACACAAUCAUCCUUUAAAUCCUGACUGUAGUAGACUGAUGGUUAAUUAUAGAUGUAUAGACGGUACUACAUUUAAGAGGGCGAUGAUCAAUGACAUGGGUGGUGUUAGCAUAAGUAAGAACUUUGGUACGCAUCUAAUUGAAAAGGGAGGUUAUGAAAAUAUUACAUUUAAUAAUAGAGACUUGAGGAACGCAAUCAACGUCGAACGUCGUUCAUCAAGAUUUAGUGCUGCAGAUGCCGCAGGACUCGAUGCUUACUUUAAGGCACAACGUGAUUUGCAUCCCGAGUUUUAUAGCUCAAUACAAGUAGAUGAUGAUGGUGUUUUUACGAAUGCAUUUUGGUCGGAUGCACGUAGUAGGGGUACAUGCAAAUAUUUUGGGGAUGUUAUUACUUUUGAUACUACUUUCGCUUGCAACCGGUAUCGGAUUCCAUUUGCUCCAUUCAUUGGUGUAAACCAUCAUGGCAAAUCAAUUAUAUUUGCUGCGGCCUUAAUUUCCCAUGAAAAUACUCCCUCAUUUGUUUGGGUAUUUGAAGAAUUCCUGAAGUGUAUGGGGAAGGCACCACUGGGCAUCUUAACCGACCAAGACAAAGCAAUUUGUAGAGCAAUUGAGCUAGUCUUCCCGGGCGUCCGUCACAGACUAUGUUUGUGGCACAUGCUCCAGAAUGCUAGUAAGAACCUAGGUAGUCUCAGUGAUUGGAAGAAAAUAGACACCCUGAUCAGAACUGCAAUACAUGAUCUGAUUGAUCCAGAUGAGUUCGAUGAAGCUUGGUGUCAUGUGAUGGAUGAGUACGGUUUAAGGGGUCCUGGGUGGAUGAAGGACGCGUAUGAUAACAGGCGUCAGUGGGCUCCGGCAUAUAAUAGAGGAAAGUUUUGGGCAGGUAUGUCUUCUACACAAAGGAGUGAGGGUAUGAAUAGAUUUUUUAAAACUCACGUGAACUUAGAUUGUGGUUUAGUUUUGUUCAUUCAUAAUUAUGAAUAUUGUAUGAGGAUAAAAGCUGAGGAAGAGAAACAGGAUAAUUUUGAUAACAUUGAUAAGCCUGCUAAGAUUGAUGUUGAUAAGAGUGUUUUAGUUGAGUAUGUAUUGGUUAAGACGUACACUAGUGAGAAGUUUGCUGAGGUUGUUAAAGAGCGUAGAGGAUUGACACACACAAAUGUCACGAAAACCUCAUGUCAUGGAUCAGUGGUGUUGUAUAGAGCUGAUGAAAAACUAACCUCACCGUUUUGGCGGAAAAGGUUUAAAAGUUAUGAUGUUAGGGUGGAUAAGGAAAAUGGUGAUUUACAUUGCUCUUGUAACUUGUUUGAAUUUACGGGAAUACUUUGUAGACAUAUAAUGCGUGCAAUGGAUGUAGAGGAUUUUCAAUUUGUUCCAGAAAAGUACAUACUACAACGGUGGAUGAAGUGUGUUAGGUCGUACGAGAGCAUUCGAGUAUCUUACUUCGACCCUCUUGAAUCUAUCAGAUUGGGCAAAGCCAAAGAGCUUUCACAACGGCAUAAUUACUUGUCUGAAUUAGCUAUGCGUAAUGAUGAUGCACUUCGGUUGUACAAGGAGGCUAUGGAUGUUGUGCGGCUAAAAAUGGAGGAUGUAGUCGGAAUACGAAAGACUGGGGAAAAAGGGGACGACCUUAUAUGUUGGUGGGACCCAGAUGCGAGAAAUGUAUUUGGUCGUCGAAGGCUACGUCCACGAGAAUUUGGUGAGAGAGCCAGAUUAAGGGAUGUAGAACCGGUCGUGGACGAGAACAGGAUCAAAACACCGGUUGACAAACGGCAUACUGGUAGGGCAAAGACAAAAAGGAAUGCUCCUUUUGGUGGAAAGGCCGGUGGGAAUUCUAAGAACAAAAAAGUGGUUACUGAAGAGGAAGUUAUUGCUAAUGAGGAACUUAUUUGUAACGCAUUUGGAAAUCUUCCAAGUUACCGUGCUAGGCAACAACACGCGAAUCACGUUGGGGGUACAUAUGCGGAGAACGUCCCACAAAGUUCUAAUGUACAUCCUUCUCAAAGUUCUCAAGCACACCCGUCCCAAUUACAUUUGUCUCAGGAUUGUUCACAGUCAUUUGAAUUUGAUAUUAACGAUUGGCGCACCAGAUUGUGA